UCCAUCCUGUCGCUCCUGUUGCUCUCGGUCUGCCAAGUCGAUUUCGUUUUCGGGAGUGAAUCUUAAUACUAAUUGCUGUUCGUUAUCUUGCUGUUUCGCCUAUUCGGUCAUAUUAUGAAUGAACCAAGACUGGUGCUUGGAUGCAGAGCAUUUCGACGCACUAUAGAUUUUGAACAGUAACAUGCCGUCAUCUAGCAGCAAGCGACAACCCCAAGACACCCGAUCAUGGAAAAGCUCACCAAAAAUGUAUCGGCGAUCGAAGCUUCAGUCACGCGAUAGCCUGGGGCGUGGAGAUGCUGCAGGCGACCAUCUUAGCAGCAGAGGACUGGGAACACGUUUACUUUUUACUCGAGAUCGAGCUGGAAAUUUUGGUGCACGCAAAGUCAAGGAUGACGUCGAAAAACGCAGCUUUCGCAUGUUCGAUCAGGCCUUGGUUGAUGAUGAUAUAUCGGACAGUUCUGACGACUCUGGAGAUGAUGUUGGAGGUUUCAGUGACGACGACGAUGAUGACGAUAACGCCGGCAACCCACCACAGCAGAUACCACCACCUCCAGCUCCAUCUCCGACGAGUUCAUCGGGAUCUAUUGUUACACUAACGCCUUUACAACCUCCUAAAACUAGUGCUGGGCCAGGUGUUAUAACUGCUGCCCUUCCGACGCUACCGACUCCUCCGACGAGACCUGUUCAGGCGGCACAAUCAUACCUAAACCCAAGCGAUCUUAACUACCCGAUUCCAACAUCCGAGAGGAAGGAAGAAGGUGAUUCCAAUACUGUGCCCUCGUCUACCUUCUCCACAAAGUUUCAGCCAACAUCAACGUCUAUGUCAACCCCAACAGUCAUAGCAUCAGCUGUAGCAAUAGGAGAGGUCCCACAGCCCGCCAUGGACAAUGGUGACGGUGGUUACGAUGGAGAUAAACACAAAAUGCACGAUAAAGGUCCUCCUGGAGGGUUAGACCCUGUAGCGGAACACCUUCUCAUCGCUGCAGGUGCUAUUGGUGCUUUCAUCUUAUUCUGUUUCAUUGGUUGGGUCAUUUAUAAAGUCAUGAAGAAAACCAAGGGUCAGGGCAUUGGUGUCAGUGGUGGCAUGGGUUUCGAUAAGUUCCCCUGGAAACGAAGAGGGCCUAUGGAUGGUACUUGGGAUGGACGUACGAUGUACAUGAGCAACGAAGCACCCCCCGUCUAUGAAAAGGGUCAAUAUGGCACUAUGCAAUCGGGAAUGUAUGGUCCCGGAAAACCAUACCCUCCAGGACCUGGCAGCGCCGCUCGUUCAGUCAUAUCGAAUUCUGAGAUGGGAACACUUCGCCGAAUGCCAAACAAUGAUUCAGCACUGGCCAGCAUUCUCGACCAGUACCCGACGGGCGACGAAGGUGCAGCCAAUAAUAGCGACAUCAAUCUUACUAUGAGGUCGCAAACAACCCAGCCAUACUACACAGCAUCAGAGCUUGCCCGUCAACAACCGGACACUUAUCAUCCACCGAGACGGGCUGGAAACCGAGCUAGCGAAUUAUCUUCGAUUUCCUCUGGAUUUGGCGACGGCGACAUCAUCAUACCACCACCUUUAGCGGUUAGUAAGUCUUCCUCAGAGGAAGCUACGGGAAACCCAACUGCUCGAGAAACCACUCAAGAAGGCACUCGAGAAACCACUCGAGAUUCCAUUCGAGAUUCCACCCGAGAGUCUUGGAUGGAUCGGGAAGAAGGCAGGAGGGAGACAGUAUAUACAACUACGAGUGAGGAUCGACCAGCCCGAUUUCGAUCUAUAACUAGUUGGGUAAACCAGCAGGCAGGUCGGGCAAAACGAGCGGGAUCAAGGGCACGGGAACGUGGAGAGGUGCCAGUCAUGCCGGCAAUCCCAGGCGAAAUAAGUGCGAUUCGGCAGACGGCUUACCGGUGAUCUAUCGUUCAAUGUAAUACGACGAAGCCCGAUGCGAUACUUAACCCGAUUUUGAUUACAGUCCCAGCACCACAGGGGAUUCCUUUUUCCUUCCAAAC